UGGCGGCGGUGGUGGCGGUGGUGGUGGCAGCUCCUCGGACAUCUCCAAAGAUCAUUGCAAUAAAACGGUGGACAUAUUCGAGGAUAUCAGCUCGCCGGAGGUCAGCAAUCAGAAUUUGGGACGUCCCUUGACCUGCUGGUAUCGUUUUCGCACCCUCAAGGGUGCACCUCGCGACUUUGUGCUCCGGCUGCGUUUCAAGAAGUUCAAAGUGGGACAACUGCUCAAUGCCACCCACUGCGAUGGCGGCUAUUUGCAGAUUGUUGAUGGCAAUGCUAAAACAGACGUUUCCAAUCGCCGGGAGCCGGGCAUGUUCUGCGGCGAAGCCGAACAGCCGCAAACCUUCAUCAGCGAGACGAGCUACGUGAAGGUCCUUUUCCACACGGACAACUUUACGGAUCAGACCUACUUCACAUUCGAUUCACGCGCCGAACAACAAACUGAAGUCUAUUUGCGAUAUGGCCAACAUCCCGAAUUAUAUCCAAAUCGUCGCGGCGAAGUUGUCCAAGGAUCCUACUGCGAGCGUGAGUAUCGUGAUUGCCGCCUGCAGACCUGCUAUGUACAGUCCCCCGCAUAUCCGGGCCUGUAUCCCCGGGCUCUCAACUGCCGUUACAAAUUGCACACCCGUCAGCCGUACAUCAAAUUAUAUCUGCAGAACGAACAGUUCGCGGUCGAUGGCCAAAGAUGCGAGAACGUGAUGACUUGCCCCAUAAGGCCGAUAGGGUCUGGUAACGAGCAUUGCCCAUACGAUUGGUUGGCCGUCUAUGAUGGUCGCGAUGAGCAUUCACCGCUGAUAGGCAAAUUCUGCGGCCUGGGCAAGUUUCCAUUCAGCAUCAUUGGCACAUCACAAUACAUGUACGUGGAGUUUGUUACAUCACCGGCGGGUCCACUGUUAAAUACAGGCUUUCAUUUCAAUGUUGGCAACUGGCCAGGACAUGUGGAGACUGCCGGGAUAAAGCACGGUGUGUGUGACUGGUUGCUUAGCUCCGAUUCGCUAAAGGAUAGCAGCGCCAGUGAGGGCAUCUUCCUUAGCAUUGCCCACUGGUAUCCACCGAACACCUCCUGCAGUUACCACAUCAAAGGACAUCCCGGCGAAAUCGUGCGACUCUAUUUUCCCAGUUUUCGCAUCAAUCGCAUUGAAUCGCCCAUAUUGAAAUAUGAAGGAGACUGCGGUGAAUCGUUGACCAUCUACGAUUCGGAUCAUGCGGAUCCUGCCCGGAUUAUCAAGACGUUCUGCGACACGUUCUCGCGACCAAUGGAGAAGGUGGACUUUGUGAGCACAAGUCCAUCGCUCUAUGUGCAAUUCGAUUCGAAGACGGGCAGCUAUAGCGGCAGUUCACUGUACUACUGGGCGCACUACGACUUCUUCAAUAAUACACGCUUCGGUGAUCCGGUCCCCAACACUCUCUGCGAUGAGGUGAUGUACGCUUGGAAGCAUCCUGGCGGUCGCCUGCGCUCCCCCCUCAACUCACUCAUCUUCAAGCGAACGGGUGGCAGCGAUGUCCGAUGUCAAUAUAAAUUCGUGACCGAUCGGCGUCUAUAUGCCCGGGCCAUUAUUGAGGUGAAUUCGGUGUCCUUCAAGGAGCUGCCGUAUAAUAGCAAUGCGUGCACGCGUUGUCACGAGGAGCGUGUGGAUAAGCUGGUCAUCUGGGAGGAGCGCGACAAGUUCCAAAAUAACUUGGCCUGUUUCUGUGACAAUAUACCGAGAGCGGUGCGUGUGAUAUCCUCGGCGGAUCAAAUGAACCUCGAGAUGAUUGUUCAGGGACAACAUGCAAUAACCUCGUACUUCAAGAAUCCCAAUCCAUUGUUCGAGGCAACCUAUGAGUUUGCCCAUGGUCCGCUGUGUGGACCCAUCACCUUGGGACCCUCACCCGAUGGUGAGCUCGUCUUUCCCUACAAGAAGGCGCUGGCGAUGGUGGCGGGACCAAUGGCACCGCCGGAACACCACUAUCGCAGAGAGAAAUGCAUCUGGGAAUUGAAGGUGGCAUCGCAAAGGGAUCUCUGGCUUAAUUUGGAGAAGGCGCGUUUUGCCGAGCGCAGCUGUGAGAGUGCCAAGAUUGAAGUCUAUCUAGCUGGACGUCUGGAGCCGCGUUUUGUGGUUUGUCCCGAAAACAUUUCACUGGCCAGGGAUUUGCCAAUCCUGACCACUGCCGAGUUGGGCGCCACUGGCGCCGAUCAGGAACCAUUGCCGGUGCUCAUACAAUAUACGGGCGAUGGCCAGCCGGGUAAGAAUAUCUUUCGACUGGUCUGGACCGAGCUGUUCCACUUGCCCCGCAAUCCCGACGGUAGUCUGUCCGCGUCCCUGUUGCAGGAUGGCGGCUGUGACUUCCGCUGUCCUGGCGACACCCAGGUCUGCAUUCCGCGUCAUCUGCUGUGCAACGGAGUUGCCAAUUGUCCCAAUGUGACGCACACCUCGACGCUGGCCCAACUAACGCGGCACAUUGAGUGGAAUCUGGAACAGCUCGGCCUGCUCCACGAGGCCAACGAGUAUCGACAGCUCGUCCUGCACGACGAAUCCCCGGAGAUUUGCCUGCGACGCGAUCUCAGCGAGCUGCCCUACGCCAAACUGGCACUCAUCACUCUGGGACUAUGUGCGAUGUUUGCCCUGCUCAUCGCCAUUCUGAGACGCAUGUGUCAGGGAGCGCCGAAGCAGUCGGGAUUGCAGCACCUGCAGGAGGAUUACUAACUGCUCGGCUCCAAGUAGUUCUUUCCCUAUGACUCUUUCAAUCUUUUUUAGAAAGUGCAGCCGGUGCUGGCCCUAAAUUGGAAAAGUUUCCAAUGCAAACUUUAAUUAUCGCACCAAAAACUCUUGAAAUAUUUUCAAUUGAAGUUUUUCCAAUUUAACACAAAAAGCUUUUGUUGACAAACUUGGGUUAAAGAUUAUGAAAGAACUUACUAAGUAUUUAGCCCAGCUUUAAAGCGACUUUUUUAAUCCUUUUCCCUUCAUCGGUAUUCUUCCGCUUUCACCUCAAUCCCCACUUAGUUUAUUCACCUAGUUACUUUUCACUUACUUGGACUAUGAAUAAAAAAAAUGCUUAAUAGCAAAGAAAUAUAUGUAUGCAAGUGGUUCUAUAUAACUAAAAUCUAUCAAUUUUUUCUAUGUAAGCUACGUGACAGCUAUUGAAUAUUAAUUAAUUAAAUUAUACGAUACA